CAAUAAUUGAAAACGUGAUCAUUGAGCAUUAGAUAUGCCUCUUUAAGAGCAUGGGAUAUCAUGGAUCCGGGGGAGUAUAGAUAACAUCAUCAAAGUAUAUCAGUGAGAUGUAUAGGGACACAAAUAUGACAUGGUGUUUACCUACAAGGGAAGUAGGGUAAGCUACGGAUAUACGUGUGACGGAAAGGGUGCAUUCACCAAUAUACGGUACUCAACUCAGACCAAAUAUCACCCACCGUAAAACUGGCGGGAUUGCGCAUUGAAAAACAUCCUUCUGUUAAACCUUGCAAUUCAGUAAUUCGACAUUAAACGAUCUUGCAGAAAUAUGAAUGCCUUAUCUGAUCACAGGAAAUCAAUCGUGGAUGGUUGACGAGUAUCCCUAGAUGUGUCGUCAAAAUCGUCCCCCUCCACGAUAAAAUCGUGUUUCGAGAAACGGAAAAAUCUUAGAAAUCCACAAAUCGUAAUUUUGAAGAUGUUCUCGAAUAGAAACGGGCUCCUGUUUUAAUUAGUCGUAUUGUUCACUGUUAUUAUCGCCAUGGGUACUGGGGAGAGGAGACAAAGAGGUGGGCGAGGGAGACGGAGAGCAAGGGCUGCAAGAGAGAGACAAAUAUGGCGAUCAUUACACCAGUAUUAUCAAAGGAGGACUAGGAGACGCAGGAUUGGAAGACAAACAAGCAUGGGACUCAGUGGUGGGUCAGGGGAAAAACGAAGCACGGGCACAUGUAUUAUCUUGUUUGCUGUACCUUUCAUGAUAAUAGGAGGAGGACUUACGGGUGUAGGAUGUGGGGACGAUUAUCGUGGUUAUCCAGUUACAGCACUAUGUACUGUAGGGCAAAUUUUACUUGUCAUUAGUAUACUUUCUAUGUUAUUUGGAAUAUUAUGGUGGAAAAGAUUACAGAAACGUGUUCCUGGAAACACUACUACUGACCGUAAUGUAGUAAACAACAAUACAAAUGAUAUAACAUUCACUACUACUGCAUUUGACGUUUAUGUAACGCCAUCUUUGACACCACAAACACAGACAGUUGGCAUACAAAUCACUCAACCAAGUGAGCUACCAUUCAAUAGUUAUAGGCCUACAGGUGGUAGUUCCAAUCCAAUAGUACUUCCUCCCUCAUAUGAUUCUGUUGUGCAACCUCAGCAAUUUUAUCCAUUAAACAUCCAGUCCAAUAUAUCGAGUCCAAUUCCAGGAAAUGACAAUACAACAGGUCGUUCUGGAAUUGUUACCCAACUGUCGGGUUACCCCUACCGCCAUCGUAUGAAGAUACCAUGAGUCCAAACACACGAAUAUGACAAAUAUCUAAACCAACAGGCUACAAACAAGUAAACGAUAGUCUCCCAUCAAGACAUCAUGAGUACAGGAGUAAAGAGAAUCCCUGCACUGGCGGAUACAGAAUCGAACAAUGUGGAUUUCAGUUUAGGAAAAAAAAUUUCGGCGCUUGCGCGGAAAAAAAUUAGGCUCAAAUUUUGAAAAUGUAAGCCCCAAAAAAGCCAAUUUUUGCCCAAAAAGAUCCCAAAAUUUUUACAAGUUUUCUGGGCCCAAGGGUACACGUACCCCCCCCCCCCUGGAACCGCCACUGCCCUGUCGUAAUAAUAUUCGCAGACACCAUUGUAGUAGUGAGCGGGAAGCAAAUUAUCGUUAAACAAGCGGAAUAUGUGUAAUUAUAGUCGACAAUUAACUGCAAAACACAGGACAUUUACUUUUCUUAGCAAAGAAUACACCAACUAUUAAUAUAACUAUUUUAUUAUAAAAUGUAAAGUAUAAAUAAAAUAUAUGUCUGCUCUCGAGCAGAAUCCCAUAAGGCCUGUAUAGAAAUGUGUAAGCUUAACGAUAAAUACCAACGGUAUUUGAGGUGGACGUCGUUUGUU